UUUUCUUUUUGAUUUCAGUAAACUUUGAUCACUUUGAAAUUUUGCGAGCAAUCGGUAAAGGCAGUUUUGGUAAAGUGUGUAUAGUGGAGAAAAAAAAUUCUCGUCAAAUGUACGCAAUGAAAUACAUGCAGAAGAGUCGUUGCAUUGAGAGGGAUGCCUUAAAAAAUGUACUAAGAGAAAUGGAAAUACUAACUAUGCUUGAACAUCCGUUCCUGGUAAAUCUAUGGUUCUCUUUUCAAGACGAGGAAGACCUGUUCAUGGUUUCAGACUUAUUGUUGGGUGGUGACCUGAGGUAUCACUUGGGUCAAGACGUUAAGUUUGGCGAAAAUUCGAUCAAACUGUUUGCGUGCGAAAUUGGCUCGGCGUUGGAAUAUUUGCAAAGCGAGCAUAUAGUUCACAGGGACAUAAAGCCGGAGAAUAUUCUGCUGGACGAAGAAGGUCACGCACACAUAACUGACUUCAAUAUAGCAGCUACACUACAUGGUAAAAAAUUAGCAUCGUCGUUGUCCGGCACCAAACCUUAUAUAGCACCAGAAGUGUACUUAUGUUCGUUGGGCGAAUGCUCUGGAUAUUCGUACCCCGUCGAUUGGUGGUCGCUGGGCGUCACACUUUACGAAGUCAUGUCGAGGUGCCGACCGUAUGACAUCCAUUCUGGUACAACACCGAGGGAAGUUCGGUCGAUGGUGAUGAAUUCGACGCCGUCCACAGCAAUACCACCGAAAUGUUCAGAACAACUGAGCGUGUUAUUCCAAAGACUGCUGUGCAUUAACCCGGACGAGAGAAUCACCACGGUCAAGAAACUGAAAUCCAUUCCUUGUAUAAGCCGAUACAAUUUCGGAAUGAUAUUAGAAAAACAAAUCAGGCCACCGUUUACGCCGCCGAAAGACAGGCUGAAUUGUGAUCCAACGUUUGAACUGGAAGAGAUGAUUGUCGAACCCAACCCGCUGCAUCGAAAGCCCAGACGGUUGGCAAAGCAGAGGUCACUGAGAACUUCCAUGACGAUAGAAGAUACCGAGGUUAGCAGACAACUUCAACAUUUUAAAUGUUAUAAUCGCGAGAAAGAACUGGAAAGGCGAGAAAUGGAACGCAAGGAACACGACUGGGAGCAGGAGUUGAUUAAAGCUAUGAACGCUUCGACCAUACCAGCGAUCGUACCGGCCAUGGUGACGGACAAGGACGGAGGGGGUGACUUGCUGACGGUGCCCAUGAUGGCGACCGAACGGCGGCGGUCCAGUUGCAAGCUGAAUAUAUCGCCAGUCAGUAUCCAGACCAGACUGUUGUCCGGGCAGGCCGAUAAUGGCAGCUGACACAAGCACGAGGAACAGGGCAAUUGAACUCCACAGGAAGUCUAUUGAUAUUGACGAUUUUAUGAAUUUUUAUGUAAUUUUUUCAACAAUUAUUAUUCUUUUGUACUCGUUAUUAUAACAAUAUUACACUACCUACUAUAUUAUGUUGUCCUCGUGAUCGUGAUAUUAUGUAGUACGUAUUGUCAUCGUUUUGUAUAAGCCACCUCCUCCCUGUAGACACGCAGUCCUAAUAAUAAGGACAACAACUACAUCGAAGGCGAUGAUGAUGAUGAUGAUGUGAUAAUAAUAAUAAUAGUAAUAAUAAUUGCUCGAUCCAUAGAAAUUAUAUUAUAAUUAACCCAAUGCAAAAUACCAUACACGGCAUUAUAAUCUUGUAAUAAUUACAAUGUUAUUAUGUUAUAUACUUAAGCGUCCUGCAGGGAUCGUCCUUCAUCACGACUGUCUAUCCGUUGUAAAUCAUAAUAUUAGAUACCUAUAUGAGUUAAACGACACUGAAAAUUCUUAUUUUUAUUUACCUGCAAUUUUCGUUGUGUAUAAGCUAUAACGUUAUCAUAAAACUUUUUUGAACUAUAAUUUACAUAAAUUCUCAUUUAUUCGAAUGAUUUAAAAACGAUUUCCACUCACAGACAGAACGCAAAUGUUUUUCGAACAAUUUUUUCUGUACCUAAUACCUACGAUACACAUUAUUAAUUAAUAAUAUAAGACUCCUAGAACAAUUAAAAUGGGUUAUCAACAUUCUGCACAUAAAUAGUAUAUUUUGUAGAGUUAUAUUAUUAUUAUUAUAUUAUGAUAGGCAUAUUAUCCUGAGUGGACAGCGCCGUGGUAACUUUCAUUGGAGCCCCAGGACAAUAAUAUUUGCCUAUUAAACAUACAUAUUUAAUCAUUUGCCUCCCUUUAGCACUUGACCCAUUGUACCACCUCCCUCUGUGAGUGGACCACCGCGUUUUCCCACUUUUCUUUGUUCACUCUGUAUUGUAAUAUAAUAAUAUAUUUUAUUUUAUACGCACUUAGUGGUAUGCCGUGAAGCCCAGUAUAAUAUGGGUAUAAUAUUUAUUAUUAUUAUUAUUUGUUACGUUACAGUUAAAUGCUUUGAACGUAUGGUUCGCAAUAAUUUUUAGUAUCAUUCGGUGGUGGUCAAAAUAACGAAUUGUGAACCAAAAAUUAUGAAUGAUAUAGUUGUUACUGAAAUACCUAGGUGUAUGAGCCAUGCGUUACGUAAUGUCUUACGCAAAUAAGUGGGCAAAAGAUUCUGCCAAAUAUCGGCUGCUUGUCUGCCUUCGUAAUUUACUGUUUGAACUAAGUAUAAAAAUAAUAUUAGAUAAUGAAAGUAUUGAAAUAUGAUAAUUUUAAUUUAAUUUUAAUAUGAUAUAUAUAUUGGUAAAAACAUUUUUAACCAACGACAGCCAAUUCGGUCUGUUAAUCAACGUGUUAAAAAUGUUAACGUUGUGCAAAUAUUGUACUCACGUAUUUGAACGUAUACUAUGCACACGUCUACUUUAAUUAAGCUAUAUCAACAGUAACAUAAUAUUUUACCCGUGUACGUUGUGGAAUUGAAAUGAAAAGGUUCCAUUUCGGUUUGUUUUUUUCAACAGAACUGAGAAUUGUACAGAUACGCAUAAUUUACGGUAUACAUUUUUGUCCAAAAACAACAGUAAUAUAUUAGAGGUCAUUGAACGAUAUUAUUACAUUAAUAUAUUUAAUUUGUAACGGUUCUAUACAAUCGAUAUACUUUAUUUAUUAUACUACGAUAUAAUAGUAUUCAACGUUUAUCAGGAUAUUUUUUUUUUUAAUUAGUACACAAGUGUUCCGAGUUCUCACACUAAUAUCUAUCGUUAUGAUAUAUUAUAUUAUUUUUUAAAAAUACAAUUUUCCGAUAAAUAGAAAUAUUUCAGUCUCGACGAAAAUCAUAAUUUUUUUUUUUAUGAUUAUUGACUUUCAACAUAAUAUUACUCAGAUGAGAUAAUUAUAGAUAAAGAUGAUCCUAUAAAUAUAUUUUUGGACAUUGGGUUGCUACUUUUUAACAUUAUAAUACAACAUUUAAUAAUAUAUAUGUAUAAAAAAUACAGUUUUCGAACCUUUUCGUUCCGAGCCAACCACAUCCGUGAGUAAAAAUUAAUUACAAUCAAAUUUUGUGUCGUAAGCACUGCCAAAAAAAAAAAA